AUGUCCCCUUCACCCUUUACCCACCCUUUCAUUCAGGUCAUUAUGCAUUUGACCUCUCCCGUAACCUCCAAUAUAUUUGUAUUCUUUUCUUUCAAGGUAAAUCAUUGGGGGAAGAUCAAAGCCGCUCUUCUCUCCUCCAAGUUGCUCCGAGCCAAACAACGCAUGAUGGGAUCAUCAUCUUCAAUGGCAUCCUCAACUGUCGGUUCAACCACUCAUCACUCAGCAUCCAAUCCAUUGCCUACAAACAAGCAGCAAUAA